GUGACGUAUAAUCUAGUGGACGGUUCUUCAUAAACAGCUCGUCAACCACCUCGGUAGCUUGCUAGCCAACAUAGCCGAAAGAUUCAAGCUAUUUAUACGCUUUCGGUGUAUAUUACCAACUGUGUUUUAGACACACUUCUGUCCUAUCUACUUGUUAAACUAUUUAAUUUAAUAUUACGUUAAUUUUUAUUAGUCAGCUAUAGUAGCUGGCUGGUUAAAUUAGCACUAGCCUAGUCGCUAAUGAUAGCUAGCUAGCUAACAUCCCCGAACAUGAGCUCACUAAACUUCUCCCCUCUCGUUGAAGAAGAUGAGGUCUGCUGGACGGAGAAAGGAGGUCUGUGGCUGAACGUUGUCGUGAAAGAGGAGGAGGAAGAGGAGGAUGUCACAGUAAAACAAGAAGUAGUGGAUGAGGCUGUUAAAGUGAAAGAAGAAGAGAAAGACGUUUCAGUGAAAGAAGAGGAAGAUGCGUUCAGAGUGAAAGAGGAGGAGGAGGUUACCUUGAAAGAAGAGGAGGAGGCAGUUUUUGGAGUGAAGAAUGAGAAAGAGGGAGAGAUAACGGUCAUAUUGACAGAGGAGUCAGGAGAUCUGAUUACCACCAGAGAGAGACCAGAGUCUGACCGCGGGAAGAGUUCCUCAGAGGAAACAGACCCAGAGACGCCUAACCAACACCACUGCUCCCACUGUGGAAAGAGUUUUAGGUGGUUAAGGAGCCUGAAAAUGCAUGAGAGAAUACAUACAGGAGAAAAGCCCUACCACUGUUCCCACUGUGGAAAUAAUUUUACUCAGUUAGGGGCCCUGGUUGGGCACGAGAGAACACACACUGGAGAGAAGCCUUAUCACUGUUCUCACUGUGGAAAGAGUUUUAGGUGGUUAGUGAGUCUGAAAAAGCAUGAGAGAAAACACACAGGAGAAAAGCCUUUCCAACAUACUAAUACACAGGAGGAGAAGACAUACCACUGCUCUCAUUGUGAAAAGACAUUUUCCCAGUCAGAGGACCUGAAAACACACGAGAGAAUAUAGAGGCUGUAUUCUGACUUAUGUUUCUGACUGAGAAUUUGUCCACGGCCAGGAUUCACAGGACCAGGGUGUCCGCUAUGGACACCUGGAAGAAAUCAGCAGGGGACAUUUCUGAAGGUUUAUCCAACAGACCUGUACAUCCAUGAAUGGGUCUCUAUAAUGUGUAACUAUUUCUGAAGGUUUAUCCAACAGACCUGUACAUCCAUGAAUGGGUCUCUAUAAUGUGUAACUAUUUCUGAAGGUUUAUCCAACAGACCUGUACAUCCAUGAAUGGAUCUCUAUAAUGUGUAACUAUUUCUGAAGGUUUAUCCAACAGACCUGUACAUCGAGGAAUGGAUCUAUAAUGUGUAACUAUUUCUGGAGGUUUAUCCAACAGACCUGUACAUCCAUGAAUGGGUCUCUAUAAUGUGUAACUAUUUCUGAAGGUUUAUCCAACAGACCUGUACAUCCAUGAAUGGAUCUAUAAUGUGUAACUAUUUCUGGAGGUUUAUCCAACAGACCUGUACAUCCAUGAAUGGGUCUCUAUAAUGUGUAACUAUUUCUGAAGGUUUAUCCAACAGACCUGUACAUCCAUGAAUGGAUCUCUAUAAUGUGUAACUAUUUCUGCUGUAUUGUGAUGUAUUGUUUAAUAGAUGUACUAUGUUAGGUAUAUUUAUCUGUGGUUUUAUUUCAACAGAUUUUACUGAUGCUAUUAGAUUGUACUAUGUUAGGUAUAUUUAUCUGUGGUUUUAUUUCAACAGAUUUUACUGAUGCUAUUAGAUUGUACUAUGUUAGGUAUAUUUAUCUGUGGUUUUAUUUCAACAGAUUUUACUGAUGCUAUUAGAUUGUACUAUGUUAGGUAUAUUUAUCUGUGGUUUUAUUUCAACAGAUUUUACUGAUGCUAUUAGAUUGUACUAUGUUAGGUGUAUUUAUCUGUGGUUUUAUUUCAACAGAUUUUACUGAUGCAAUUAGAUUGAGAGGUGAGAGGUCACACAUGGUUUAGAUGGUAAAUAUUUAUGUCCCCUUAGCGGUUCAUCACGUAAGCAAAAAGGGAAUAUGUUCCAUCAUCUAUGUUAAUUUACAUUAGUGCAAAUUGUCCACUGAUAUUGGUGUAAUUUCUCACCCCUUUUGGCUGUAUGAAAGUCAAUUUCCCCUCAGACACACACAUUUGUUCUUUGUUAUUAUGAAGGUUAUUUGUGUCAAAUGUACUUUUCCCCACUCAUUCACCACCUCUCUUUACAUUGCUUAUUUAUAUUCAGUGGCCUGACUGCAUCCAGACUAUGUCAAAGGCCCAUCCUGGUAGAUCUGAACCUAAUGCAGCUUGGAGUGAUCAGAUGACAGAAGUCACAUUUAGGUGCCAGGUGUAACUGAGUCCAUAGAUGCUCCAUAUCCAUUACUUUGAGUGUUUUAUAUAAUAUGACUAAAUGUGUUUCUUUCUGUGUUGCAGGGGCAGUCAAGAAAUGGAACGGCAAGGCCACAGAACAUGACAUAAGCAGAGCUGUGGGAGACCACCUCAAGCCCCUGGUAGAGCCGGGGGUGGUGUUUACCACUCCACCACGCCUUCAGCAGGCUGGAAAAGUGGGAUUGAGAUUGAUUUUCAUACAAAGAUGGACCAAGAGUC